AUGAGCCCGUGCGACUGUUCAAACUGCAAACCUGAGGAGGCAGAGGCUCUCUGGCUCGCCCAAUCAGCGCUCACGACGGACAACUUCGAUGGGGCGCUAGCAAUGUGCGAAUCGCAACUCUUCGACCUCGCCAAUAGCCUACCUGAAAGGCCUCCACCUCCGGCCCCCCAAACACGUUCACUGGCCAUGCGUUGCAAGGCCGACGACCCCAUCCGAAGUUCUCCCUUGCACAAAUCACUAGUCAACAUGUUCGAAUCGUCUUUUGAAAGGUUUUUCAACACAAUUUUCACAGGGCCUUCGGACCUGGGCCCUGCAGAUUAUUUUAGCCGGGAGUUAGCGUGGGGUUUGGCAAAGAAUGUGGAUGAAUUGUCGAGUCCAAAAGGUUUUGCAGCUGUUUUGACCAGUGAAAUGAUCCCCGGUCAAUACCAAUGCCAUUUGGAAGCUUUCAAUGAGUGGAAAGACGCCUAUGAUACUGCUGACAUCAUCGCUGUCGCUCGUUAUUCUCGGCUGGCCACUCUUAAACCCGCCGCCAAGAUCGAACCGCCACAAUCUGUCGAAGGAGCUGUCAUCUCACACGCUCGGGAACUGGCAGACAAGGAACAAUCACGAUUUGAGCGAGAUCAAGCCAAGUUGCAGGACGCCGAAGACAAACAGGCUGAACGGUAUCGAAUUGCCAAAGAGAAGGAGGAGACCAAAAAGGCCAAAGCCGUCGCUAAAGCAGAAAAGGCACGAAUCGCGAAAGAUAAUAAAGAAGCCAAAAAGGCUGCAGCCUUAGCUAAAGCGGCCGAAAAGGCCCGGAUUGCCAAAGAGAAGGGUCAGCUGCCCAAACCCAAACCCCGGCCGCCUGCUAAAACACGUGCUCGCAAGGUGGUUCCUCCUGCCGGAACUGCCACAACUGAGCACCUCUCCGGCAUUUCGAAGCCCGGAGGCCUCAAAGACGUGGUCCAAGAACCUCAUCAGAAAGGAAGCCUGACUCAGCAGACCUGGUCGGCGGCUCGUCCAAAAGAGCCGCGUCUGAUGACCUGUUGGUCACCACGGAUCCCAAGCGUAGGCUGCCCUUGCAGGUAA